AUGCCAUCUCUUUCUUUCUGCCUUCCUGUAAGUGCACCCUCGUCCGUGGUUCCCAACCGCUCACAUCUCGCGUCGCAGAUUCAUCCAACGGAGGUACUUAGUUUGGAUGAGGACACUUGCUCUGAUCUGGUCAACCGGUUUGGUAGGAAUUUGAGACAGUUACUAUCGCUUUACGUGGUACAGAGUUCGAGCGUGUUAGAAGGAGCAAGAAAAGGGGGCCAUAUUCGAUGGCACAUCUUAACAACACAGGCUGGGCAAUCAUCGAAUGCUCGGGACGGAUGUUUGAAGACAUAUGAUGUGUCGGUUACAAUAGACCAAUCGGUGCUAGGGGUAGUUCCCUAUGUUCUAGACGACCCGGAGCUUAGCAAGCUUGGCCGGGCCCUCGGGGAUGAUUUUGACGAUAUCCGGAAACUGAGCUGGGUCCAGUUAGUCGGGGUUCUUCAGUGGCUUCAGGAGGCCAAGAUGAUCGAAGGCUAUAGGGUGCAGGAUAACCAAACACAGGCUGAAAACCUUCAUCCCCACGCCGUCGACGAGCUGGAUCAGAUAUGGGACCAAAUCAUAGCGCUACCGGAAGACCGGAAUACCACUGAAUUCGCUACCCCGGAGCACGUAGCGACACCCAUGGGAGCGGGGACGUCUCGCAUAUUCGAUGCUUUAACUUAUCCGACACCCCCUCCCUCUGUCAAUUCGCCCCAAUACCGAUCCAUUGCUACCCUAUUGUCGAUUGGUAGCCCUUGUUCGUCCCUAGUAAUGACACCCACGGGACCUGCUACGCCUCCUGGGUCUGAUACCGAGACUUCAUGUUAUCCGACCCCAUCUACAUCUUAUUCUCAAUCUCCUCUAGCGGUAGAGUCACUCACGCCUCUGAGUCCUGACAUUCCGAGACGGAGAAAAUCCCGAUGCUUAGAGUUGUGCAGAUUUGGGAAAGACGGCACAGAGCUCCUCGAACAGAGUAAAAUCACGCAAAUCCUCGAAGCGGAAGCUGGACUUCUCGCACAGGACCCUCUUAGACCGCUGCAGCCCUUUCUAGGACUCGGCGAAGCAGAUACAUGUUCCUCGUUAAGUGCACUCGGACUUCCUGUUGUAUGGAUGGGCCUAAAAGGGGCUGUUAAUUACUAUAGACUACUUGAAGCCGUGAAGGGGAAAAAAAUUGUUCUUUGCCCCUUCGCGAAGCACAUAGCGCAAACUUUAUUUUAUCUCAGCUACAAGUGGUUGGAGAAACAUAUGGAUCAGGGUAGGGCCUCUGUUGCUACGUUAAUUCUUAAUACCUGCUCUGAGAAACCAUCAAAGUCUCGUCGUGACAAUGUCACCGGCUAUCAUGUGCGGCGAGGAAAAAUUUGUUGGACGCUUGCAGCGUGCUUGGGCGCCGGUAUCUUGUUGCAUGGUGGUGAUGCCAUACGCACUAUUAUCAAGGAGACUUUCAGUGUUGGCCAGCUCAAUGUUUUUAUAUCCUUUGUCUUGCGCACCCGGCCGGGUAGCGUUCAUCUUUUUCAUUCGCUGGAGCCGGUGGUCAAGGCAAUCAUACUGGGAGUGCCUGCAGGUGAUCUCCGCCCGGUUGUUCUGGCUGAUAAUAAUUUCCUUGUCAGACAAGAGGAACUAAGGUAUGCCUAUGCAACGGACCAGGAAGCCUUGGCAGACCAGACAACGGAAGAGACAUGGCUGGCAAUGAAUGCCGAGUCUAUUGCAAAGGAGAAAAUGCCUGAGUUUCUUCCCAAUUUCUGA